GGAAGUAUAUUCUUUUUUAGCUACUGAGUGAGUGAUCCUCAAUCAUAGACCAGCUUUGAGCACGUCUUCUUCCGGCGCGGAAAUGUGACGUAAAGGGCGCAAAUAUACAACAAGGGAGGUAUUUGUAAUAAGUUGAGAGACGCUGCAGCAAAAGAGAAGAUCCUACAUCCAUGGAGAAGAUGCACAACUGGCAGGAGAACGAAAUCAAAGAACUUCUGAUCAUCCGGGGGUCGGAGGCGAUCCGUGACCAGAUGACGGGCACGGUGAAGGACUCUGUGGUUUACAACAGGAUGACCAAACUGCUGGCGGAGAGGGGGGUGUACAGAUCACACAUGCAGGUGAUCAGCAAACUGAAGGCGCUGAGGAAACAGUACACCAAGUACCACCAGCAGAAGACCCGCUGCGGGAGCGACCGCGUCGACUGGCCGUUUUAUGAGCUGUGCCACCGGGUUUUCGGGAAUGCCGCCGUGGGGAACCCGGUGAAACGUCAACGGAGUCCCACACCCCCACCACCACCGCCUCCUCCUCCUCCACCUCCACCUCCACCUCUGCCGCCUGACGUCAGCGAGGAGCAUCAGGAGGUUGUAGUCGGGCUUUGGGACGAAGUUGACGACAGGGAGCUUAACAAGCAUCUGGGUUCAAUGGAGGACGAGGACGAAGUUGACGAGCAGUGCAGCCCACCAGAACAGUUGCAGCCCAUUAACACCACAUACAAAAUUCCAUCGAAGAAAAGGAAAACGACGGUGAUGGAGCAAGUCUCUACGUUAGUGUCAGCGACGGUCAGCCAGCUCAGAGAGAUGGACGCGUCCAUGCAGGUGCAGGAGGACGCCCGACUACAGAGGUUGAUGGACCAUGAGAAGGAAAUGCAGAACAAUCUAAUGAGCCAGCUGGUGGCCAUGCACGAAAGGAUCAAUCGAGAAAACCACGAGAGAAACCUUGAACUCGUGGACAGGAUACUGUCUAGGUUCCCUUCACCUUCAGCACCUUCGAGUUACUGACUGACACUUUCUGUGUGAGUGACGACGACGUACGACAGGGUUAUGCAGGUGUAGGGAACACCUCUGUCCCUCUCCUCCACCAGCUGACGUGUGCCCAAAUUUCUUUAUUUUAUUUUCACACUACAGGCCUUCAUGCUCCGUUCUGGGUCACUGCUUGGUGGAUUUACAU